GAACCACGAAAAAGUGAUGCACCCCAACUUCGAGACGAAUAUAGAACAUAUAAAAUUUUGGCUGGCUCACCGGGUAUACCAACCGUAUACUAUUUCGGUCAAGAAGGUUUACAUAACAUACUAGUCAUUGAUCUUCUUGGUCCAAGUCUGGAGGACUUGUUUGAUAUGUGCGGAAGAAAAUUCGGCAUUAAGACAGUAGUUAUGGUAGCAAAGCAAAUGCCAGAUAACUUUUUGAUUGGCCGUCCGGGGACAAAAUCUGCCAACGUAAUUCAUGUUGUUGAUUUUGGCAUGGCUAAACAAUAUCGUGACCCAAAAACAAGACAACAUAUUCCAUAUCGAGAAAGAAAAAGUCUAAGUGGAACGGCUAGGUAUAUGAGUAUCAAUACACAUUUAGGAAGAGGCAAGUCAUUAAUUUGUACGAAGCAAUCACGACGUGACGAUUUAGAAGCUCUUGGUCAUGUUUUUAUGUAUUUUUUAAGAGGUGGUCUACCAUGGCAAGGACUUAAAGCAGCCACAAAUAAACAAAAAUAUGAAAAAAUUGGAGAAAAAAAGCAAUCAACGCCAAUCAAAGAAUUAUGUGAAGGUUUCCCAGAGGAAUUUGGGAUUUAUCUUAAUUAUGUCCGUAAGCUUAAUUUCGAGGAAAAUCCAGAUUAUGAUUUUUUGAGAGAACUUUUCACUAAAGUCUUAAAGAAUACUAAUGAGGUAGAAGAUGGUGUUUAUGAUUGGAUGCUAUUAAAUGGUGGCAAAGGGUGGGAGGCAGGUUCGCGGAAAGAUGACGGCACACUUAAUCCUGAAACUAACACCCGCGUAACACUUCAUGGUACCUCCUCCCAGCCAUAUAGUACGAACGCUGGUAUUCAUCAAUCUGCUCACCUUCAUGUUCAUCACGGAUCAUCAGACCCACGCCUUCAUCGUUCAUCACUUAAUCGUGGUCCAUCAAUGAACCGUAGCCAACAACAAACACCUCCUUCACCUGCUUUAGUUAAUGCUAAUUCUAAGGCACCACGAGGGACUGGAAAAGCGCACAACAAACACAACAGUGCGAUUUUGAAUUCUGGAGUCGAAGAUUUGAAUAAUCCGUACUCUGGUCGUGCUGGUAUGAACGGAGGUAACGGCGGCACUGCUAAUGGUAUCCAAGGAAACAAUGGUGCUGAUUCAAACUCUCACCGAAGGCGAGGAAUUUGGCAAAAGUUCAUCGGCCCUACACUAAGAGCUCAAUUAUCUCCUAUCCUGCAAAAAUUUUUUGACGCUAAAGCAUCAAAAAAACUCACCUUUGCUGACAUUGGAAGUCAACUCGGCAGGGAUGAAGUUUGGGUUGCAUCUGUUUUUUAUGGCCAGGCUAAGCCUGAAGAGGCAGAUCUUAAAAAAUUAAGCGCAAUUUUGGAUUUACCACAACAAUACCUUACAAGUGAUCUUGGAACUCAAACUUUUUUUCCUAUGCGUGGAGGAUUAUUCGAACUUCCUCCUAGAGACCCUUUGAUUUAUCGUUUAUAUGAAAUCGUACAGAUUUAUGGACUUCCGUUGAAGGAUGUUAUUAAUGAAAAGUUUGGUGAUGGAAUUAUGUCUGCAAUUGAUUUCACCGCAAAUGUUGAAAAGGUCAAAGGGAGUGAUGAUUCAUCCAGAGUGAAAAUAAUACUCGAGG